AUCACUAGACGCUAAAAAUGGCGACUGAGAGACAUUUAACAGAGAAAAAUCGCACCGAAAAAACGGGUAGAAAGGCAAAUGCUAUUAAAUGAGCACAACAGAUGUUUCUGCAACUGUGGUGGAUGUGGAGAAUGCUUGCUGUGUGAUGCUGCCUCUUUCACCGAAGCUUCCUAGCUGUUGUUUAUGUUCGGGCCAUGGGAUAUGGCUAUGAGGAUUGUUAUCCCACAAGCUAAUGCUUUAUCGGAGCAAGAAGAUUGUAUUUUAACGUUACAUUCACCAGGACUAUUGCAUAGGGCGUAGUUUUUAGUUCUGUUGCCUUAUUUUACCAACGUUAGGAACCCAACGCUAACAUACAGGACCCCGAUCAGUGCGCGACAUUAGCUGAAACAGAUAGCGUGAAGUCAUGUAUUUUUUAACUGGCUGGCCACGGAGGCUUCUGUGCCCCUUGAAAAGUGCCGAAGAACCGUUCCAUAUCCAACCCAGCUACCAGAGGAUUUUCUUCGCGGUGCUGUCAGAAACACAACUAAGUAUUUGGUUUAGCCGGCCAAGUGUCCUGAUCGUGAGCUACAUUGAGUCAGCGAAGGCCUCCAGCCGCUUCGGGCAUUACCAGCAGUCAGAAUGGCGGCCGGAUAACUCGAUGAUCGCCGUGGUGGCCUCAAAGGGAUACAUUCUGCUGUUCGACGUGCUCGGGGCAGGAGAUGACAAAUACCUCUAUGAACCUGUCUACCCCAAGGGGAGCCACCGUGUGAAGGUGAACCCGGGCUAUAAGGAGGAGCAGUGUGCUCCCGUCCUGAGCCUGGAGAUGAAGAGGCCAGUGGACCUGGAGGCCCCCAUCACCAGUCUGCAGAGUCUGCCAGAGGACCUGGUGGUAACUACGGCUGAUGGCUACCUGCACAUCCUCCACUGGGACGGCAUCAGUAAUGGCCACAGGGCCAUCAGCCUCUGCACCGUGCCCUUCAGCCUCGACCUCCAGUCCUCUAGAGCAGGGGGACCGUGUCUGGAUCUUGACGGAGUCCACAUCCGAGACAUUGAGUACUGUGUAACUCUGGACGGCUUUGCUGUGGUGUUUGACGAUGGCAGACUGGGGUUCAUCACGCCCACAGCCAGCAGGUUUAGUGCUGAUCAGCUGCAGGGGGUGUGGGCCGCUGAUGUGACAGAUGGCACGUGCGUGGCGGUCAACAACAAAUACAGGCUGAUGGCAUUCGGAUGCACCAGUGGUUCGGUGUUGGUCUACAUGGUGGAGACCACUACAGGGUCAAUGCAGCUCUCGCACAAACUGGAGUUGACUCCAAAACACUACCCAGAUGUAUGGAACAAGACUGGCCCUGUUAAGAUGAUUCGCUGGUCGCCUGACUACAGUGUUGCCAUGGUAACCUGGGAGUGUGGCGGCCUGUCACUGUGGAGCGUGUUUGGUGCCCAGCUCAUAUGCACGCUGGGGGAAGACUUUGCAUAUCGAUCCGAUGGCACCAAGAAGGAUCCCCUGAAGAUCAGCUCUAUGUGCUGGGGCGCAGAGGGCUACCACCUCUGGGUGACUGAAAGGAGAGAGGAGCGCCCCGACACCGAGACGGAGACGGAGACGGAGACGGAGACAGAGGAAGGUGUGGAGGAAAAGAUGGAGGAGGACAGGCCUGUUGACCUCAAGCAGGCUGGCAUCCUGCAGUUUCAAUUCGUCAAGAGCGCCCUGACUACCAACCCCUGCACGAGUAACCAGGAGCAGGUGCUUCUACAUGGGGAGGAUAGGCUGUACCUGACGUGGGGAGACACCACCCAGGCCCAGAGCGCCUCUCCGGACACCCCCUCUGGCGUGGACAAGAGCCCGCACCACAAGCCCGUCACCCUCCCCACCUCCGCCCCCGACCUCUCCCAGGGACUCUGCACUUUACUGGGCCACAAGCACUGGCAUGUGGUGCAGAUUCAUAGCACAUAUCUUGAGAGCAACUGGCCUAUACGGUUUGCAGCCAUCGACUCUGCUGGUCAGUGUAUGGCUAUCGCAGGGAGACGUGGGUUUGCACACUACUCCCUGUACACCCGGAAGUGGAAGCUCUUUGGCAACAUCACACAGGAGCAGAACCUGACGGUGACAGGAGGGCUGGCCUGGUGGAACGACUACGUGGUGAUCGCCUGUUACAACUUCACCGAUCAGCAGGAAGAGUUGCGCCUGUAUCCGCGGUCCUCCAACCUGGACAAUGCCUUCUGCAGCACCACACGGCUGCACUCGGACACUCUGCUGCUCAACGUGUUCCGCAACAUGGUGGUCCUCUUCAGGGCAGACUGCUCCAUAUGCCUCUACAGCAUCACCAGCAACCAGGACAGUUCCACCCCCUUGCCAUGUGUGGAGCUGUUGCAGGAGGUCUCCAUGUCUCGCUACAUCCCCCACCCCGGCCUGGUGGUAUCAGUCACGCUCACCUCAGUACGCACCGAGACGGGCAUCACCCUCAAAACUCCUCAGCAGGUGUGUCUAGCGGAGAGCAUCAUGCUGAACAUCGCUGGCCAGCUGAUCAUGCUGCAGAGAGAUCGCUCGGGGCCCCAGGUGCGGGAGAAAGACCCUGCGCUCAACCAGAAGAAACUGCUGCCCUUUGGCUCCCCGGUGGUGCUGGCCCAGUGUGUGGAGAUUGUCUGGACGACGUGUCGCAGCAGCAGCAGGAAGAAGCGCCAUCUGCUGGAGGCUCUGUGGCUGUGGUGCGGAGAGGCUGGCAUGAAGGUGUGGCUGCCGCUGUUCCCCCGCGACCACCGCAAGCCGCAGUCCUUCCUGUCGCGCCGCAUCAUGCUGCCCUUCCACAUCAACAUCUACCCGCUGGCCGUGCUGUUCGAGGACGCGCUGGUGCUGGGCGCCACCAACGAGACCGUGCUGUACGACAGCGUCAGCGGGGGAGGGGGUGGAGGAGGAGGAGGAGGGGGGCCGCAGCUCGUCAGAGAACCACUAGAGGCGCUGUUCCCCUUCUGCACUGUGGAGCGCACCUCACACAUCUACCUGCACCACAUCCUGCGACAGCUGCUGGUCAGGAACCUGGGUGAGCAGGCCCUGAUGCUGGCCCAGUCGUGCGCGGCUCUGCCCUACUUCCCCCAUGUGCUGGAGCUGAUGGUCCACGUGGUGCUGGAGGAGGAGGCCACCUCGCGGGAGCCCAUCCCCGACCCGCUGCUGCCCACCGUGGCCAAGUUCAUCACCGAGUUCCCCCACUUCCUCCAGACCAUCGUGCACUGCGCCCGCAAAACGGAGUACGCGCUCUGGAACUACCUCUUUGCCGCCGUGGGCAACCCCAAAGACCUGUUCGAGGAGUGCCUCAUGGCGCAGGACCUGGACACGGCCGCUUCGUACCUCAUCAUACUACAGAAUAUGGAAGCGCCAGCAGUGAGCCGGCAGCACGCCACCUUGCUCUUCAACACUGCGCUGGAGCAGGGCAAGUGGGACCUGUGCCGUCACAUGAUCCGAUUCCUGAAGGCCAUUGGCUCAGGAGAGUCUGAGACUCCACCCUCCACUCCCACUACACAGGAGCCACCUCAGCCGAGUGCGGCGGGAGGAUUCGAGUUCUUCCGGCAUCGCAGCAUCAGCCUGUCACAGUCAGCAGACAGCAUCGCCGCUGGGAAGUUCAACCUGCAGAAGACUUUCAGCAUGCCCUCAGGACCCUCCACUAAAGGUGCUGACCGGUGGAGUAAGGAUGCAGACUGUGCUGAGAACAUGUACAUCGACAUGAUGCUGUGGAGGCACGCCCGGCACCUCCUGGAGCAGGUGCGUCUCCGCGAGCUCGGCUGCUUCUCGGCUCAGCUGGGCUUCGAGCUGAUUGGUUGGCUGUGUCGGGAGCGUACGCGUGUGGCGCGCGUGGACGACUUUGUGAGCGCGCUGAAGAGGCUGCACAGCGACUUCCUGUGGCCCUUCCCCGUCAUCCCGGCCUGCGCCCUCAACUCCCCCCUCAAGAACGGACGCUGCCGCUCAGUAUUAAGCACGCAGCUGCUGAAGUCCCAGUCGGCUGACAGCCUGCUGAACAGCCCCAUGGAGGGGGAGGGGGAGGGGGAGGGCGGUCUGCCUCUGCCGUCGGUGUCCGCUCGCCACAGCUGGUUGGACGGGCUGAGCUCGGGGACGGGGCCCAAGGAGACAGACUCCUCCUCCUCGCACGGGGCCCCCGUACCACAGGAGGCCUUCCUCUCACCACUCAUCAACAAAGUAGAUGAAUGCAGUAUUGGCUCGGCCACGGACCUGACAGAGACCAGCUCCAUGGUGGAUGGUGAUUGGACCAUGGUUGAUGAGAACUUCACCACCCUGUGUCUCAGCCAAUCAGAGCUGGAGCACAUCUCCAUGGAGCUGGCCAAUAAGGGACCUCAUAAAUCCCAGGUGCAGCUCAGGUACCUGUUGCACGUCUUCAUGGAGGCGGGCUGCCUGGAGUGGUGUGUGAUCAUCGGCCUCAUCCUGCGGGACGCCAGCAUCAUCAAGCAGGUGCUGGGCUUCCUGGAGAGCCCCGACGUCCAGCCGGACACCAUCGCCAACAUCCGCACCGGACUCCUGGCCGUGGACGCCUGGGCCUCCUCCGACUGCCUGGGCUACAAGCCGUUCCUGAAGCUGAUCCAGCCCCAGCUGCAGAAGCUGCUGGAGAGCGCGGCGGAGUCCGGCGUCAACCCCGAGUCCUUCCAGCCGGCGGGCAGCGCGGGGGCCAAGCUGCUGGAGCCGACGCACCACCACCACCACCACCAUCACCCGCGACCCGGCGGGGGUCGACCCGGCGCGGAGGAGCGCCUGGGCGGGUCGACCCCCCUCGGCUCCCUGUCCCUCUCCCUCUCCCUGGAGGCCUCCGGAGCUGGAUCUCUGGAGCGCUGCGCGGAGGAGGAGCAGAAGGAGCGGAGCCCGGAGGAGGGGGCGUACGACUGCACGCUCUCUUGACCAUCAUCCGCCUUCUGAACGGCACCUCCGACGCCACCUCCACCUCCACCUCCACGCCGCAACGACCUUGAGGAUGGUCUACUACAGGUCAUGAGGGACACCAGGGGUGAAAGGAUUGGUGACAACUAAGAGGGGACGGGAGAGGUUUGCCAGAGGGGGGAACAAGAGAGGGUUCGGAUGGAGUUGAUGCAAUGCAGCCUUACUCACCUGUCAGGUGACUCAAAAGUGUUUCAUUUUUUUCUGCAUCAUUAUUUAAUACAGUAGUCUUAUGUUUUAGCAACAUUGUCAUUAUGUAAUAUGUUUUGUUGUGCGUUGUUGUGGUCUGACAGAACGGCAGGAACAGGCUCCCAUGUGCUCUCUCUCUGUGUGAUCAUCUCCUUUAUGUACACAUGCUCAUUCCACAUUUAGGACAUUUCCUCUGCAGUGCAAUGGAAAAUCUGGAGAUGUGGACGUUCAAACCUGUCCCCAACACAGUCUGUAAUAGACUUUUGAACUUGGUUUUCUUACAGGCUUUCACCACUACAUUCAGUCACCCUUUAAUACAAUUGGGAUGCAUACAGAGAGUAACACACACUCUUCUGAGGAGAGAAACAGAAAAGCCAAAGAUAACUUCUGCCUGUUUUUUUUUUCUUUUUAAAAACACUUCUUAAUUUUAACAUGACUGCCUCGUUUGAAACCAGGCCUCGCUGAUUAGUUUUGCAGAUAAUUGCUUAAGCGUGAGCGUGGAGUUUGUGGUUAGUGGGAGGUGAAUGGAUAGCAGAGAAGUCCAGUACAGCUUGUUUGGAUGGUCUGUACGUUAUACUGUAAGGGCUAAAGACUGCCUAUGGAAGCUCUGAGUCGUGGUCAUUUUAGACCAAUCAGCGAAGGGCUUGUGGUGGGGGGAGGGGCUUAGAUUGACAGGUCUGUGGUUCUUUCCACUCGUAUGAUUUACUGACCCCAACUUUGAGGCUAACUUGGAUUGAAAUGGGAAGAAGUCACUACUUGAUCCCAAGCUACAGUAAAAUGUGACAUUUCAUAUAUAUUUACUAAAUUUUUGUUUUUCGUAAUUCAUUGUUUGCUUCUCAUUCCAUCCAGUCUAUGUCUGAAGUCUGAUGGCAGUUCUGGGCAUAGUGUUGGAACCACUGACCGAAAAUAUUAUAUUAUUAUAUAUAUAUUAUUAUAUAUUAUAUUAUUAUUACACAAUAUUUACGUCAGUGGUUGGAAACUCCUUGAUGAGAAUGGGAGCAGUGUGGCUGACUGCUGCCUUCUAGAGGUCAUUGUGUGUCUCUCGUGGUGACAUCUGGGCUCUCCUGUGUCUGGAAUGAUGGCAUGCCAUGUAGCGCUCCCCUGAAUCUUCAGUGUGUGACAGACAGACAAGGCACUAGGAGGGCAAUGCUUGUUUUAAUGGAUGCCAUAGGGUGGUCUCAAUUAGUUCAAUAGCUGUAAGUUGUAUAAUUUGUCGUUGCAAAGCUGUUGGGAUGUCAGGUAAAGAUGUGUAUAUAUAUUGCAGUGUGUGCCUGAUGAACAGAGAGAGAGAGAAAGAGAGAGAGAUUGAGAAAGUGUACAUAGAUAGGAUUAUAUGGGUAUAUUUUAUACAGGCCUUUGUAUUCAACUACAAACUUUAACGACAAGUGUGCAAUGUGUAUAUAUACAUGAAAUGCACGCCUGCGCACACUUACAGAGACAGAGGGUAGGACGGGGUGACCAGUUGAGGAUCAGAUCCUACGGAGCGUCUUGAUAGUCACAGGCCUUUAGUGGUGUGGCCUUUAUGUUCAAAAUUAUGUAUCAUCAUGUCAACUGUCUCAAAUUGUUUAUUUUAUGUCUUUGCUUAACAGCCUCGACACAGACCGUUUGAGACACACACAUUGUUUGUUACGUUUAUUUUCUUUCUUUUUUUUUUUUUUUUUGCUGAUGGCAACUUGUAUACCACUGCAUUGAAAAAAAAUCUUGGACAGCUGUUCAGUUUGGCAGUAUUUAUAUUCCGAGAUAUUGUAUUUAUUUGGGCUUUUAGAAUACUUUUAUAUUUGUAUUUUUUUUGAAAGCAUAAUAACAGCCUCUACAUCAGCAUGUUUUGAAAGUGUGUGAUCCAAGCUAUUCAUUUGCAGUGUGUUCUACAGGUCACGGUUAUCAUUUUAAACUUGGAUUUUUUUCGCACACCUCAGCUGGCAGGUGCGUCGGAGAUGGACUUGAAAAAACUCCCGCACACUGACCAUUUCGCUGUUUUACUUUAAUGUACUACCGUACUACUGAAACGUCUUUCAUCAAAGUAAAACAGCGAAAUUGUCAGUGUGCGGGAGUUUUUUCAAGUUGUCCACGGUUAUCAUUUUACCAUAAUCAUGACUGGAAGCUAGCAGUGGUAACAACAUUGCAUUAUAGCCUAAAGGUCUAAAUAUGACCCAGUUUGCAUUCUCAAUUCUACUGUCACACACAACUGAUUUUCAAUUUGUCUAAAUUUUCCUAAAAACAAUGAGUUUUUAAUUAUAACUUUUUAAAGCGACUCAUUUUCUUUGUUGUCUAAACAUGAAAUCGGAGUUGGAAUGCAGUGUUCAUCUUGUUUUUUUUUUUUGUUCAUCUGUUUGGGUUUGUUUUUGUUCAUCUGUUUGGGUUUGUUUUUGUCUAGCUGAUGUGAUGGGGUAGACUGGGCCCAACUGUGUCCUGCUGCUAUGUGUACAUUGCAUUCAGGCUUGACAUGACACUUGACACGACACGACAUAACAUGACUGACCUUAACGCAGUCCGGGAAACCAAAGAGUGUGUGCGCGUUGCACAGUAUUAAAACUUCAAGUGUUGGCAUGAAAAGUGCACUAGACUCCUUCUCUAAGCGGCCUGCCUCAGCCUCUAGUUUAGUUUGCACAGAAAACAGAGCGCCAUGACACAGGGGUGACGUAAGGCUGAGGUGUCGAGGCCUAUCUAUUUAAACGAACGCUGCCUAACAGCUGGCCAGCUUAUGUGCUACAUGGAUGCAACACCAGCGUGUGAUGGUCAUAGCUUGAUGUUUUGGUGUUUCACGGUUUGGUGUUCUUUGAAAUGAGUGUGUUGGGAGACCUACUAUUUCUAUGCCUCACAGACACACACACACACACACACACACAGGCUUUUCAUGCCUUGCAAGACCAACUGCAGCUCCUAUUCCUAGUUGACAGGUGGAAUACCUCUAGCCCAGACCUCUAUGUGUGUAGCUCUGGAGCCCCCUGGUGGCGCUCAACACACACGGAGUGGAGAAGUGGAGCUCACGAAGCUGCGCGGAACUAUAGGUUGGGCAAGAGCCAGGCAAGAAUACCUCUGUCUUAGACAGAGAUUCCAGAGUUAUGGUCAUGUCACUAGAACCUUGUGGUCAAGCAUAAUGUGUUCUAUUGAGUGUUUGGCAUUCCACUAGAACCUUUGCAUCUAGCUUGUGUUCUGUUGAGCCUAAGCUUUUCAAUGUGGUCUCCUUUCCCGCGAAUGCAGAGUAUCAAGACCAAACUGGAUUUAUGUUUCUAUUGGGUGCGCUCCCCGUCCUCUUGUGUACUUGCAGCACAGUGACAGCCUCCUUUGAUUCUCAAAACAAAUGUCAACAAAGUUUGACCUGACUUGUUAGGAGUGCAAAUGAGAAUACUUUCCCAAUAUGAAAAUGUAUUUGGAUUCCAUGUAGCCAGCAACAGUUUUUUUAUUACUAUUAUUUUAUUUGAACAUUAAUUCUGUCAUAGCCAGGGCAACAAAUGAGAUGAAACAUUGUAGGGCAGUGUAACAGCAAUUCUGUCUGAAAAUGCUUUUUGUACCAUAGCACUUUAUCUACAAACAUGCAUUCACACAAGUAUUUGCACCAUUCAGUUUAGUUGGCUUCUUCCCCUUUGUUGUGUCUAAACUGUUAGUGCAGUUUUCCAGUGAGGUCAGUACUGAAAGCUUCUUUGAAGACCACCCAGGUUAUAGGGACCAAAUACGAUGUCACCUUCUCUGCAGGGUUGGACUGGUAAUCUGGCAUGCAGGGCAUUUUUCCAGUGGACAUUUCCCCAGGGCCAAUACUGUUGGGGUUUUCUUUGUUUUUCAUGGGGACUGGCUCACAGUUUAGAAGGGGCGGUUUAUUAGUCCAUCUUCAGUAUAAACCAGGGCUGGGAAACCUAUAUCCUAUAUGACGUGUUGUAAAGGAAUCUUAAAAAUUCAAUUUGCAAUACAAUUAAGCUAUAUUCAAAGGUCCUAGAGAAGGUGGGGUCUGUUGUAAAGGUGGGUGCCUUCAAUAUAGGCCUAAAGUGCAGGGAGAAAUCUUGGUUUGUGUUCAUAGUACAGCCCUUUGAGGACUUUUACGGCCCUUGGAGCAAUUUGAGGUGGCCCUUCGAAUGAAUAAGGUUCCCCACCCCUGAUAUAAAUAGUGGAUUGAAUCAAGCAGGAUAUACUAUGAGAAUGGUUUGUAUGUGUGAGGGGCCAGUUUAAGCCGAAAACGCCCCUGGGUGAUACGUUUUGGCCCUAGUCCAGCCCUGCUAUUCUGUAUGCUGGCUUAGGCUCCACAGAAUGCUUUACUGCAUGUUGUCUUGCAAGGGGGAGACACGGCAAGGUUGUUGACGUUGUAGAAGAACACCGUCACCAUGGAAACCCUGCUUCGCCUUGUUUCUUUAUAACCACUGUAUACCUGUGUUCAUAUCCGCUACCUGAACACCAUGAUCCAUUAUCCUAGACACACACACACACAAACUCAUCUUUUAGGAGGAACCACAAAUGCUACUUUCAAAGGUACUGAAUUCAAACUAAGACUGACUCGUGCAUUUCAGGUGCUGUAGAUCCUUCUCUGUGUGACAUCUUCAAAAGGUGUUAACGUCAUCUUUGAAAGAGAUACCAGUGUUUCAAAGUGGAGGACGGAUGGACUCUUCUUUCUAUGGACACCAAAGCAAUGCUCUUUGGUGCAUAUAUUGUCGGGAAAAUCAGGAUGUUUUUCCAGCAAUAUGUAAAUGCAGGCUUCUUGUACAGUUUUUUUUCCCAACCUUCAGUUAUUCUGUAUUCUGUAUAUAAAGAAUAAAUUAUUUUUCAAAACCA